ACCAUGAGUCGCUUGAUCUCGAAGGUAUUUUGUCUCACGUCGUAUGAUGGCAUUGAGGACACGUUUCAAAAUUUCGCCGAUCACAGUCUUGCUGACAUAGUAUCCGAUUUUCAUUUGACUACCUUAAUGGAUGAUGACUUCAUCGCCGGUUUCUGUACCAAAGGUGAUGUCACCAUUUUACCGCUUGAAGCAUCCACAGCUUUUGAUUUUUCCGUGGAGAAGUGGUUUCGGCUGGAUCUCCGUACGCCCAAGUUCAGACGUAACAGUCGUCUACACCAGCGUUUGAAAGGGUUCCUUAAAGCCAGCCUGGAUCCUAUUGAUUCAAUCCGUGUUCCACCGGAUGUAUUGAAGCCCAGGCCUUGUUUAGUUUGCUGGUCCCCCAGGGUGGAACCCACACCACAUUCAGAGUCGCGUUCAACUCCGCUACCCCAGUCGCUGGCAGCACACCUGACCAAAAACAAGUACUUCAAGCUGCGCCCAACCCUCACUGUCGAGCGCUGGUCCGAACCAGUUCACUUGCCCAACUUGUUCGAUUCGCCUUUUGAUGAUCAACCAGGCUCGGACGUCAAUCCAGACAGUGCGCGGUUGGCCUACACAAUCCUUUCUGGUUUGGCUACUGGCAUCGUGCCACCACCCAGUCAGAGUGUCGCCGUUCAACCCAAUCCUUGUGUUUGUGAGCCUCGUUUGGCCCCACUGUUUUCUCUGAAUAUUCGUGAAGCGACCUCCUUGGGUACACCAUACCAAAACCCGGUAUUGAUCCAGUUAACAGGCCUUUUCAUGCCCGGUCAAGUUGAUGAGCUAGAAGGUACCAUCCGCCAGAUCAUCAAGCAACGAUCCAACAGUCGUGGAUUCUUGUUUUUUGCGACUCAGCCUUUCUCUCUCGGCCGGUCAUGCAAUCCUUGCUCCGCUGAUGAAUACAACGUAGUCGCAAGGUUGUUCAUCAGUGAUCCUGCUCAGAAAUCACCGUUCGUGACGAUAAACUUUAAAAUGGGAUGAUGAGACCUCUUUUCUGUGAUCCAGCUUAUGCAGAUUUUGUAUUUAUCUAACAAUCG